AUGCUCAACCCGACUGCCGUCAUCCCCAACCCGGGGGCUGCUGCUCCAGAGCCCGCCACGGUGGCCGUCUUUGCCAUAGUGACGGCUCCAUCAUGGGCCCUGCCAAUCUCAGAGUUCCUGGAGAACGGAGUCCUCCCCAUGGACGAAACCAAGGCCCGGCAAGUGCAAUGUCGGGCGUCCGCCUACAACAUCAUCAACAACGAGCUCGUCAAGCACAGCUCGACGGGUGUUUUCCAACGCUGCGUCGAGCAGGACAAGGGCAUAGAGAUCCUCCUCGACAUACACCAGGGCGAGUGCGGGCACCACGCCGCCUCGAGGUCCUUGGUGGCCAAGGCUUUUCGCCAUGGUUUCUAUUGGCCCACGGCCCUCUAA